AUGCAACGACUUCUGCAGCUGUUUCUUGGCCUUCUCAUGACAGUCGCCGUCUCCGGCAUCACCUGUGUUCAACUGAACAGCCACAACCACUGCAUUCACAAGGGCCCUGAUGAGAGGAGCUGGGAAAUGUCAGAGGCAUACUGUGAAUCACGAAGUGGCCACCUCACGUCCAUACAUAAUCAGAAAGACAUCGCUGCGAUUAAAGGUAAUUGGGGUACUGGAGACUGCACUAAGGCCAGAUGUUUUGUCUGCGAAACAAGUAUGGUGAUGAGCGACUGUGCUGACUGGUACAAAGCUGGCUAUAGAGAACUCAUUGCAUUUUCCAGUGAUGGUGUGUACAGCAUCGUGGUCAACGAUAAGCCUUACAAUGUCUUCUGCGACAUGACUACGGCGGGAGGCGGAUGGCUCGUGUUCCAAAGAAGAGUAAAUGACAGUGAUCCGUUCUGGGACCAUACCUGGGCCGAGUACAGAAAUGGAUUUGGAAAAUUGGGACCGAACACCACAUUCUGGCUGGGUAACGAGGUUCUUCAUCAGCUCACUUACAAGGACCCCAGUGUAACUCUGAGAGUGGAAAUGAGAGGCGACAGAACACAGAACUCAAAAAAUCCCAAAGGAUACUGGUGGAAUCACUAUUUCAAAUUCCGGGUUGGAUCAGAAGAGACCGACUACACGCUUGAGAGACUUUACAUGGAUAGGCGAAAGAUUCAAGGUAACGCGUCAACAGGAUGGUGA